AUGAAUGACGGUACACUCGUCAUUCGUGGAGGGAAGGUUCCGUCGCGAAAUGUAGGCGGUGUUGGUUUUAUUGUGCACCCAUCUGUCGUUCAUCUCGUCGAUUCUCACGAGAUCCUGUCACCUCGUCUGGCCAUUCUUCGCCUCCGCCCUCUGCGCCAAAAACCCAUCAGUAUCAUCAACUGCUACUCACUAACAUCAGCAGCUGAUGAUUCCGAAUUGGACGCGUUUUACGAGGAGCUGGAGUAG